GACGACGACGACGACAAGACCGGCGUCGUCCCGUCGCUCCGAGAGCUCCGAGCCGCGAUCCCCGCGGAGUGCUUCGUCCCGUGCCUGAGGGAGUCGAUGAAGUACGCCGCGAUCGACCUCGGUCUCCUCGCCGCCUGCUUCGGUCUGUGGUCUCCGCUCGUGGUGGAUAACCCGUGGAUGCUCCCGCUGUACGCCCCCGUCACCGGGACGAUCAUGUGGAUGUGCUUCGUCGUCGGGCACGACUGCGGGCACGGCAGUUUCAGCGAGAACAAGUGGAUCAACGGCGUCGUCGGUCACGCGACGCACUCGCCGCUGCUCGUGCCGUUCUACCCGUGGGCGUACUCGCACAAGCAGCACCACCGGUUUCAUAACCACGAGGAGAAGGACAUGUCGCACCCGUGGAUGAGCGCGGAGCGGUACAAGGACACGAACGCGAUCGUUCGGUUCCUCGCGCUCGAUCACCCAUGGGGCGCGUUUCUCGGCUUCCCCGGGUAUCUCCUCCUCGAGCCAAAGUGGAGCAGCACGGACGGCUCGCACUUCAACCCGGCCGGUCGUCUGUUCGACCGCGCCCCCAAGGACGAACGUCUCAAGUGCGCGGUCUCGACGGUCGCGUGCGCGGCGUUCCUCCUCGCGACGUUCGCCGCGUGCGACGGCCCCGCGCAGUGGGCGACGCAGUACCUCGCGCCGUAUCUGUGCUUCUCGUGGUGGCUCUUCACGGUGACCUACCUCCAGCACCACGACCACGACACGAAGACGUACAAGGAAGGCGAGUGGGAGUACGUCUUGGGGGGAUUAGAGACGAUCGAUCGCGAGUUCGGGUACGGCGUGGACGAGGCGACGCAUCACAUCACGGACUGCCACGUCGCGCACCACAUGUUUUCGGACAUGCCGCACUACAACUUGGAGAAGGCCACCGCGGGGGUGCGGGGCGUGCUC